CUUCCACCUUACCUAUCUACCCUACAUACAAAUUAACAACUACACACUCGUUCGGUACCUCUACAUCUCACGAACCUCGCUACAACCAAAACGACCACCCAAAAACAAACACCAAAAUCCAAAAUGUCCACAACCACCGCAACCGCAGCCGCAGCCGCAACCUGCACAGGCAGCAUCUACGUCCUCCCCAUCCAAGACGCCGCCUGCGCCCUCCCCAACACCGGCAACUUCUCUUCCAUCAUGGACAAAUGCUGCACCCCGGCCUCCGUGACAAAAUACAACAACGACUGCGGACUCUACUGUCUCGCCCAGGGUCAAACCGUCAAGGAACUGCUGGGCUGUCUGCAGGACAACGGCGCCGUGACCCAGGCCUUUUGCAGCGCGAACCUGAACGCCAGCGCGACGGCGUCCGCAUCUACUUCCUCCGCCACGGGCAAGGAUAGCAAGACGGGAACUGCGACGGGCAGUGCGGCUAGUGCGUCGAGCACCGAGAAGGGGGCGGGGGUUGUGGAGAAGAAGGUCUCGCUCGGGGGGUGGGUUGUGUUGGGGAUGAUGGUUGUUUAUGGGGUUGGAUUGGGGUUGUAAGCUUCUUUCGCACGGGGUCAUGGAAGAGGAUGGGGGCUUUCGGGUGAUUAUCGAUGGUGCUGGGGGGAUAAUGUUGGGAAGAUGGGAUGUCUAAUGGUUAAUAAUAUGGCGGGCUGUAUUAUAGUUAUGAUUCUAAUUUAUGGUGUUAAUAUCUCUUAUUCUUGCUCCAACAUUCAACAAGUUGUUAGGUAUCGCUUGUGUGGCCAAACUCUUGGGCAACGUCUUCUAGGUCAGGCCGCUGCUGAGUUUUGAGGUUGUGUGGAUAUAUAUACUUCCAAGAUACUGUAUACUUCGCCACCACCACUCUAGCAAUAGCUGAAAAGCACGCUAAUCAGGUGGAUAUGAUGAAGAUAACGAUAAGCAUUGAACCACUAUUUUGGU